AUGCAGAUUUUUGUGAAGACACUAACUGGUAAGACUAUCACACUGGAAGUGGAGUCUUCUGACACUAUUGACAACGUGAAGUCGAAGAUCCAGGACAAGGAAGGUAUCCCACCUGACCAACAGAGACUAAUCUUUGCAGGUAAGCAAUUGGAGGACGGACGUACCUUGUCUGACUACAACAUCCAGAAGGAAUCUACUCUGCACCUGGUGCUAAGAUUGAGAGGUGGUAUGCAGAUUUUUGUGAAGACACUAACUGGUAAGACUAUCACACUGGAAGUGGAGUCUUCAGACACUAUUGACAACGUGAAGUCGAAGAUCCAGGACAAGGAAGGUAUCCCACCUGACCAACAGAGACUAAUCUUUGCAGGUAAGCAAUUGGAGGACGGACGUACCUUGUCGGACUACAACAUCCAGAAGGAAUCUACUCUGCACCUGGUGCUAAGAUUGAGAGGUGGUAUGCAGAUUUUUGUGAAGACACUAACUGGUAAGACUAUCACACUGGAAGUGGAGUCUUCUGACACUAUUGACAACGUGAAGUCGAAGAUCCAGGACAAGGAAGGUAUCCCACCUGACCAACAGAGACUAAUCUUUGCAGGUAAGCAAUUGGAGGACGGACGUACCUUGUCUGACUACAACAUCCAGAAGGAAUCUACUCUGCACCUGGUGCUAAGAUUGAGAGGUGGUAUGCAGAUUUUUGUGAAGACACUAACUGGUAAGACUAUCACACUGGAAGUGGAGUCUUCAGACACUAUUGACAACGUGAAGUCAAAGAUCCAGGACAAGGAAGGUAUUCCACCUGACCAACAGAGACUGAUCUUUGCAGGUAAGCAACUAGAGGACGGACGUACCUUAUCGGACUACAACAUCCAGAAGGAAUCUACUCUGCACCUGGUGUUGAGAUUGAGAGGUGGUAUGCAGAUAUUCGUCAAGACACUAACUGGUAAGACUAUCACACUGGAAGUGGAGUCUUCAGACACCAUUGACAACGUGAAGUCGAAGAUCCAGGACAAGGAGGGUAUCCCACCUGACCAACAGAGACUGAUCUUUGCAGGUAAGCAAUUGGAGGACGGACGUACCUUGUCUGACUACAACAUCCAGAAGGAAUCUACUCUGCACCUGGUGCUAAGAUUGAGAGGUGGUAUGCAGAUAUUCGUCAAGACUUUGACGGGUAAGACUAUCACACUGGAAGUGGAGUCUUCAGACACCAUUGACAACGUGAAGUCGAAGAUCCAGGACAAGGAGGGUAUCCCACCUGACCAACAGAGACUGAUCUUUGCAGGUAAGCAAUUGGAGGACGGACGUACCUUGUCUGACUACAACAUCCAGAAGGAAUCUACUCUGCACCUGGUGCUAAGAUUGAGAGGUGGUAUGCAGAUUUUUGUGAAGACACUAACUGGUAAGACUAUCACACUGGAAGUGGAGUCUUCAGACACUAUUGACAACGUGAAGUCAAAGAUCCAGGACAAGGAAGGUAUUCCACCUGACCAACAGAGACUGAUCUUUGCAGGUAAGCAACUAGAGGACGGACGUACCUUAUCGGACUACAACAUCCAGAAGGAAUCUACUCUGCACCUGGUGCUAAGAUUGAGAGGUGGUUACUAA